AUGACACCAGUGCCAGGCCUAGAGUCAUGGCUGAACGAGCGCUCUUUGUCCAAGUACCUGCAGUCCGUCAUGUUCUGGUGCCACGACAAAGGGGUCUCCAACUUACAGGAAAUCCUGCUCCACCUGAACGAGCUCUCAGACGAACUGUCCAUGAAGACCUUCGAGAAGCGGCGUCUUCUGAAGGGUCCGCCACGGCUCGGCUUGAUGCGCAGGGUGGAUGAAGCAGCUGCAGACGGUGCGUGGUCGGAUGAGUCGGCGUACGGGAGAGACACUUCGGAAGAAGAAUAUGACCGACCGGAAGAAGACUUUGACCCAGGAUGGGAGAGCGGUCCUGAUUACCCAGACUGGGACAGCGGUCCUGAUUACCAUGAUGACGGAUGGGAUUACGAUUGA